UACAGUGUGUUUAUCAAAUUUCUUUUAAAUUUAGGUUGCUGAAUAUGUGUCUGAAUUCGUCGGAGAUGCGACCAGAACACAUAACUAUGACGAUUGCGUUAAUCGCCAAAAACCAAGCGGGACGCGACAUGGUCUUGCCAUUUAUUAUUCAUAAUUUGUCAGAAUUCUUGAAAAGUAUUGAUGCCAGGGAAAUUCCAUAUAUGCUCGGGUCUAUUUCUUCAUAUAUGACAAGCUAUGAACAAUUAUUACAGAUCACGCCACUUCUGGCUUACGAAGAAGAGGCAAUCGUAUUGGCUGCUCAAAAAAUGAAAACGAAAGUAACGAACAACAUACAGUUUAUACGCGACAACUACCCGUAUGUGAAGACAUGGCUACGCCAGAGUGGAUACACCAACUACUUGUGA